CAAAACAAAAUCCAACGUUUAUCCACUCAUUUUUCGGACUCCCUUGCUGGUAAGUAUUUGCAUUUGGUUUUGAAAGUCCAGUUGUUUUUGUAUAGGCAGCAGGGUUAUUCACGCGCCCCAAGCAGAUUAGUGACGCAGGGGCUGCCCUGUAAGGUAUUCAGGAGAGCGGGGCAGCACUGAGCUAUUGUUCAGUGGCUUGCAGGCUGGGUAUAAAGGCUCUGAAACUGAUCCCCGUCUCAUCUGCACUCUCAGAGGGACUGUGGUGUGGCUGUGCUGUCCUAUCCAGACUAAGCCAACUGGACUGGGCUGCUUCCUCCUGCAUGACUGCACUGUGAGCCUCAUCCGAACACAGAAAUGUUUCUUUCCCAAAGAUCAUUCCCAGCUUUGGUGGUCAUGGUCAUCGCUCUUACAGCAUUUGCAAAAUCCCAGGAAGUGGAAAAUAAACGAGCAGUGACUGAACACCAGUUCAUGCACGACAAAGGGAGAGCCAUGCAGAGUCUGAAGCGCUUGAUCUGGCUGUCCAGCGCCAUGGGAGCGGUGCACACAGUCGGCAGGCGCGACAUCUCCAGCGCAGACCCCGUCUGGGAUGGGCAGGGGUCCCCCAGCGUCCGCGCCAGCAGAGCGGAGACCAUCAGGCAGCUGCUGACACUCCUGCUCGCAGAGGAGCCGAUGAGCGACACCCCGCCGGCGCUGAGAGCCGCGCUGAAUAGAAAUAACAACCCUCAGGACUCAGAGCGCGACUACCUCAAGAAAUAGAACUUCCAUUGAUUACGUAACUGAUUCAUCCAUCAGUUGAUUGAUUCAUUUGUUGGUUUAUCUGUGUUUGUUUUUUCCAGAAAAGGACAAAAAUGUGCAUUAUUUUCAUUCUGUACCAACAACAUUUCUAUCUAUCUGACUAGCUCUAUCUAUCUAUCUAGAUUCGUGGUUUUAAUUACGAACCCUGUAUCGUCUUGUUGUGUUCAUCUGUCGUUGUGUAAAUAUUUUAUAACACAGAGGUCCUCUCGGUUUCUCUCGCUGUCGUUUAGCUCUGUUGAAAAGUGAGCCUGCCGAAGGUGUUCAGUCCAAUAAAAAUAAAUCAAAUGAUCUUGUGUUACUUUUCUGUGGCUUUUUAUGACUGGUAAUCUCAUCGUGAUCUUUAUCUGAGUGUUUCUAAAUUUACUGCAUAGUACUGCAAGCUUAGUGGAUAACAGACUUAAUUCUGGUAAUUUGCGG